ACUUGAAAUAGCGCCUCCCCUCUCCGUGGUUAUGAAAGGAGUUACACAAGUUACACAACAUCGAGUAAAAUAAUGUCCGCCGCUGCUGAGAAGAGGGAAUUCCCCGACGAAGAAUUGACUGAAAAAGGCCGCAAAAAAGUGGAUACAACAAUGGGAAACCACAGUCCGGCUCGAAUAGCAGUCAUUCUGCUGUCAUUGCUGGUCUUCAUCAUUACAGUUGCAUUCAAUGCACUGGCUGGGAGAGGAAGCAAGAACGGUCCCUUCCAUCAGAAUACGGGCAAUGUGUCCAAAACGUAUGAGACAGAAAUAACCCCUGCAGGGUGGACCUUUUCCAUCUGGGGGGUCAUUUACUUCUGGCUAUUUGCUAUGUUCACCUACAUCAUCAUUAGUCUCUGCAGAAGGAAUGUAUAUGGGUGGAUGUAUUGUCAACCUGCAGUCUUGUCCUAUGGAUUUUACCUGUCCUGGAUUGUCAACAUGAUUCUGAACAUCACAUGGCUGUUUCUAUGGGACAGAGAGCAGAUGAUAGCAGCAUUGAUCGUACUGGCAGUGAUAGCUUUUACCAACUAUUCUUUGAUAUUCUUCUGCUGCCAUGGACUCCAUUCUUAUGGUGCCUGGCUCAGCAAAAACUACAGAGUGGAUCUCUGGCUCUUCCGAGUACUGGUUCAGAAUGGCAUUGGUGUAUACGCAACUUGGACGACUAUAGCCACCCUUCUCAACUUCACCAUUGUGUUGGAUUAUAACGCAGGCGUGUCUAAGGAGGAUGCGGCAACUGUGUCUCUCAGUCUCCUCUUGAUAGAGGUCAUUGCCUGGUUUGUUGUGGAAAACUUUGUGCUGGAGAAACACGUACGCUAUCUCCUCACAAUUUACCCUGUGGUGAUCCUGGCUCUGUCAGGAAACAUGGCGAAAAAUUACAAUGCUGCAGCACCCAGCAGGAAUGGCAUUUUCAUGGUGGUUCUCCUUGUGCUGAGCUGUGCACUGUUUGUUGUGCGAGUCCUGCUGGUGUUCUGGAAGCACAAAAAAGAGCCUCUCUACCAGAAUUUGGACACUGAGGCCUUGUCACCAAUGGACAUUUAUAAGAGGCAGAAAAAAAUCUUCACUUAAAAUGUGUGCCUCUCAUUCAGGUCUAAUGCUUUUCUACUUCAGGGCUUAUUUUUAUGAUAAAAAGGCAAACAAAGAAAUACUCUACCUGCUAAUCAGAAAAGAUCCAUAACAGACAUUGGAAGUCACUUUUCAAUGCCUGACAAUAACAUGGAAGCAAACCUAUUAGAUUUUUAAAGAGCUUUAUUAAUCAUAUAAAUUAUAUCAAUAUAUAAAAUACAGUAUAAUACAUUUUACAUUUAAAUAACAUCUUAAACAUCAUGUUAGUCAUAGUACAUUUGAUACAUCAUUAGAUUACAUUGAAUGUAAGUUUACAUUGAAUGCAAGUUGUAAAGAAAAUGCAAUUUGAAAUUUAAAAAGCAAACCCAUUUACAAAGAAAAGUAUAUGCCUUAAAGGUUUUCCAGUUUAAGGUUUUUUUAAUUUUUUUGUAUACAGAAAGUUGUAGUUUUACAUUUUACAAGCACUGAUCAUUUUUAAAGGAUAACUCCCAUCAGGGGAGCACACAUUACAUGCAUUUAGCAUAUGGUUUUAUCCAGAGCAACUUAAUUUAACUAAGAAUUUAUAUUGCAUCUAUUUAUUAUGCAGCUGAAUAUAUACUGAAACAUUGCAGGUUAUUGCAAGUACUUUGCUCAAGGGUACAGCAGCAGUGUUCUACCUGGGAAUCUAACCUAUGACCUUCAUGUUACAAGACCAACUCCUUACCCAUUAUACUACACUGCCGCACACUUAUUUAACAGACUGCGCCUUUCUAGACUUUCCUAAAAUGUUUAUUGUACUCUGUAUUAUGUGAAUGUGAACAUUUGUACCUACAAUAAUAGUUUUGUACUUUGAAAAUAA